GUCUCUGCCUCCCUCCCCCGUGAUGACUUUAUUGAUUAAAGGGCCAACAGACUCUGGAGUGAAGCCCAGAGCCCAGGCUGAUGCCUCCUCCGUGUAGACUGGGGAACACCCUCCAGCAUGCACCCCAGGCCCCCAGGGGCCACGCCCGGCUGCUCUGUGUUUAAGCGCUUCCAGUCGUAGGAGGUGCUGCCUGAAACGCCUGGGCAGACAGCGGAGAAACAGAGGCUCUGAGAGAAAAACGCAGUCUAUGGCCUCAUGGCUGGGAUGCCCCUGGCCCAGGUUGCCUGACUGGAGCAUGAGCUCUUAACUACGACCUUAUACAAAACCCAGAGGGAGCUGAAGCCACAGGGGUGGCCACGUGUAGGGUCCCCUCCCAUCCUGGAGCCUGGCUGCUCCCUUCCUGACCCUGCCGGCCCCACGGGGAGGGCUGAUUCAGGGGGAAGCGGCUCACCCCACACGUGGAUGUGGGGGGUGGGGGUCGCACACAGCCCACAUCUGGAGGCCAGGCCACACCCACUGCCUUCUGAGUCAGUGAGGGUGGAACGGGUCCACUCCGGGGAGGAGGCUGGGUGCGGUGCACGCAGCCCCCUCGGGACGGUGCCGGCAGGGCCAGCAGGGGCACAAAGCCUUCCAGGUUCUGGUCCAAGCGUCAUCUGAGGUUCAGCACGAGGCCCUGCCCCAGCACUCACUUGGCAAAGGACCCAGAAGAUGUACCCCAGAAUCCCUCUGCCCCCAAUGCUGCCGCCACUGCUGCUGCUGCUGCUGGCCCCAGUCCCCGGAGUGCAGUGCUGCCCGACAGGCUGCCAGUGCAACCAGCCGCAGACGGUCUUCUGUGCCGCCCGCCAGGGAACCACAGUGCCCCGGGACGUGCCCCCUGACACGGCAAGCCUUUACGUCUUCGAGAACGGCAUCACCACACUCGAUGCAGGCAGCUUUGCCAGCCUGCCAGGGCUGCAGCUCCUAGACCUGUCACAGAACCAGCUCGCCAGCCUGCCCGGCGGGGUCUUCCAACCACUCGCCAACCUCAGCAACCUGGACCUGACUGCCAACAGGCUGCGCGAGAUCACCAACGAGACCUUCCGCGGCCUGCGGCGCCUAGAGCGCCUCUACCUGGGCAAGAACCGCAUCCGCCACAUCCAGCCCGGAGCCUUUGACACACUAGACAGCCUCCUGGAGCUCAAGCUGCAGGACAACGAGCUGCGGGCCCUGCCCCCGUUGCACCUGCCGCGCCUGCUGCUGCUCGACCUCAGUCACAACAGCCUCCCGGCCCUGGAGCCUGGCACCUUGGACACUGCCAACGUGGAGGCACUGAGGCUGGCCGGCCUGGGACUGCGGCGGCUGGACGAGGGGCUCUUUGGCCGCUUACGCAACCUCCACGACCUGGAUGUGUCCGACAACCAGCUGGAGCGAGUCCCGCCGGCCAUCCGGGGCCUCCGGGGGCUGACGCGCCUGCGGCUGGCCGGUAACACCCGCAUUGCCCAGCUGCGGCCCGAGAGCCUGGCCGGCCUGGUGGCCCUGCAAGAGCUGGACCUGAGCAACCUGAGCCUGCAGGCGCUCCCACAUGAGCUCUCUACCCUCUUCCCCCGCCUGCGGCUCCUGGCGGCCGCCCGCAACCCCUUCAACUGCGUGUGUCCCCUGAGCUGGUUUGGCCCUUGGGUGCGGGAGAGCCGCGUGGCACUGGCCAGCCCGGAGGAGACACGCUGCCACUUCCCACCCAAGAACGCUGGCCGGCUGCUCCUAGACCUUGAAUAUGCUGACUUUGGCUGCCCAGCCACCACCACCACGGCCACGGCACCCACCACAAAGCCCAUGGCUUGGGGGCCAACUCUCUCACCUUCCAGUCCAGCUCCCACCUGGCUCAGCCCCACACAGCCUGCCACGGAGGCCCCCAGCCUGCCACCUGCCGCCCCACCCACUCUGGGAGCUCCCCCGAGGCCCCAGGACUGCCCAGCGUCCAUCUGCCUCAACGGGGGCACCUGUCACCUGGGAGUGCACGGCCACCUGGAGUGCCUGUGCCCUGAGCUCUUCACGGGCCUCUACUGCGAGAGCCGGGUGAGGCAGGGGCCCCAGCCCAGCCCCGCCUUGGCCACACCGGAGCCGCCACAGCCCCUUCCCCUUGGCAUCGAGCCAGCGAGCCCCACCUCCCUGCGCGUGGGGCUGCAGCGCUACCUGCAGGGCAGCACUGCGCAGCUCAGGAGCCUCCGCCUCACUUACCGUAACCUGUCAGGCCCCGACAAGCGGCCGGUGACGCUGCGGCUGCCUGCUUCGCUUGCUGAGUACACAGUCACCCAGCUGCGGCCCAACGCCACCUACUCCAUCUGCGUCAGGCUUCUGGGGGCCGGGCGGGUGCCCGAGGGCGAAGAGGCCUGUGGGGAGGCCCGCACACCCCCAGCCGUCCGCUCCAACCAUGCCCCUGUCACCCAGGCCCGGGAGGGCAACCUGCCGCUCCUCAUCGCUCCCGCCCUGGCUGCAGUGCUCCUGGCCGCACUGGCUGCCGUGGGGGCAGCCUACUGUGUGCGGCGGGGACGGACGGCAGCGGCUGCCACUCACGGCAAAGGACAGGUGGGGCCAGGGACUGGGCCCCUGGAGCUGGAGGGGGUGAAGGCCCCCUUGGAGCCAGGCCCCAAGGCGACUGAGGGCGGUGGGGAAGCUCCACCCAGUGGGCCAGAGUGUGAGGUGCCUCUCAUGGGCUACCCGGGGGCCAGCCCCCAGGGGCCCCUCCCCACUAAGCCCUACAUCUAAGCCCCGAAGCGACAGGCUGCCAGGCCAGGCUCUCAGCCCUGCUGGACCCGCCAGCACCCUCCUGCUGCCAGACCAAGGAAGUUCUCGGAUCCCUACAAAGAGGACACAUCAAGGUGAGGGCUGUGUGACCACAGCAAGAUCCUGCCCCUCAGUCUCCUCAUCUGUGAGAUCCUGGGACGCAGGUGACCACCUCUAAGGUGGCGCUAUGCCUGAGUGCCUACGAGGACGGCAUCUGCCCGGUUCUCUGCAACAUGCACCUUCCCUGGGGAAGGGUGGGGUGGGCCCUGCCGUGUGCUGGUAACACAGGCCCAGGGCUGCCAGGCCCCCCUCCCAGGAGAUCCUGGGGGCCAGUGAAGGAAGCCCCCAGAAAGACAGCAGAGGGAGAGAAAGGCUGGGGAUGGGGCAUGUGGCCCAGCCUCGGCCCCAAGGAGCAAAGGAACAAAAGAAACUGGAAAGACAGACGCUUAGGAACAUGUUUUGCUUUGGUUUUUAAAAAUAUAUUUAUAAGAGAUUCUUUCCCACUUAUUCUGGGAAAAUGUUUUUCAAACUCAGAGACAAGGACUUUGGUUUUUGUAAGACAAACAAUGAUAUGAAGGCCUUUUGUAAAAAAAUAAAAGAUGAAAUGAG